CGGGUGGCAACUCUGGUAUUAGGUCGCCAUCAGCUGAUUUCAUCCGUAAUCCGCUCAAAAAUAACAACGAAUUGCUUGAUAUGAUAUUACUAAGCCGGAGCGCAACAAGUGCAUUCCUUUUGGGCAGGCAACAAUUGUGGGGCCACCGAUGCGCCUCCGCAUGGACGCCUUUGGCGACAGCUUUCAAUGCGCCGCCUAGCCGGCGGAUCAACUUCACACGAGACGAUGUCGGAUUAUUCGGCAUGCCGGAACUACGAAGCUGUGAGGGCUUUUACCUGAUGAGAGACAACGUGGAGACGCGGACACAGGAGCUCAUCCUAGAAGCCACCUCCGACCAGCGCAGUCGCAAGAUGGUCGAUAUCUUUGACGAACUGUCAGACUCGCUGUGUAAGGUGGCGGACCUGGCCGAGUUUGUGCGGAUAGCUCACCCGAAGGGCAAGUAUUCUCAGGCGGCGGAGCAGGCCUGUAUUAGCAUCUGCGGUGUAGUGGAGAGUCUGAACACACAUCGCUCCCUCUAUCAGGCCCUCAACCAUGUGGUCAAGUAUGGAGACAAGCUGCCCUCCAGUGAGGUGGACCGCCACGUAGCUAGCCUCUUCUUGUUCGACUUCGAGCAGUGCGGCAUCCACCUGCCUGAGAAUGAGCGCCUGAGGGUUGUGCGCCUCAACGACUACAUCCUUCAGCUAGGUCAGAAAUUUAUGAACGGAGCAGCGCAGCCCAGCGUUAUUCCCAGGACACAGGUGCCGGAGGCCAUCCGCAACUAUUUUCCCACAUCGGGCGACAACGUGAUCAUCACGGGACUGUGCACUAACGCGGAAAACGAGCAGAUGCGGGAAGCUGCCUACCGGCUGUACUUGCAGCCAUCCGAGAGUCAGGAGGAGCUUUUGCGGGAUCUUCUGCUUUGCCGUCAUGAGCUGGCUCGCAGCUGUGGAUUCGAGACCUACGCCCAUCGGGCCCUCAAUGGCAGUACCAUGGAGACACCAGAGGUGGUCCGAAAGUUUAUUGACGAACUCUCCGAGAAACUGCGUUCUCGGGCCCAAGCCGACUUUGCCAUUAUGACCCAGAUGAAACGCCGAGAGGGCGGGCAACAGAGCGCUCUGGCAGAGAUCUGGGACACCCCAUACUUCACCACCCAGCUGAGGCGACAAUCGCUUGAAGAACAGGCCAAUGAGUUUCUGCCUUACUUCUCACUGGGUGGCUGCAUGGAGGGGCUGGACAAUCUUUUGAAUGCGCUAUACGGUGUCCGUCUUGAAAACACAGAUAUGGAACCAGGGGAGUCCUGGCACAGCGAUAUCUACAAGCUGUCUGUGAUACACGAAAGCGAAGGACUGCUCGGCUAUAUAUACUGCGAUUUCUUCGAGCGCGCUGGCAAGCCCAACCAAGACUGCCAUUUCACUAUCCAAGGCGGCAAACGGCUGCCCGAUGGAUCCUACCAGAUGCCCAUAGUAGUGGUUAUGCUAGGACUGGCGCAGCCUCGCUGGAGUGGGCCCACGCUGCUUUCGCCAGCCAGAGUGGACAACCUGUUCCACGAGAUGGGUCAUGCUAUGCAUUCAAUGUUGGCGCGCACCGAGCAUCAGCAUGUUACCGGAACGCGCUGCUCCACGGACUUUGCCGAGGUUCCAAGUGUGCUCAUGGAAUACUUCGCUGGCGACCCCAGAGUUUUGCGCACUUUCGCUCGUCAUUUCCAGACGCAUGAGCCCAUUUCCGAAGACAUGCUGAAGAGGCUGUGCGCCUCAAAGCACCUGUUCGCCGCCAGCGAAACGCAGCUGCAGGUAUUUUACUCCGCUUUGGACCAGGAGUACCACGGAGCGGCGGCUCAACAGGGCGUGAGCACCACAGAGACGUUAAAAUCAGUGCAGAGCCAAUACUAUGGUCUGCCUUACGUGGAGAACACUGCCUGGCAACUGCGCUUCUCUCACCUAGUCGGAUAUGGAGCCAAAUAUUACGCGUACCUCGUAUCGAAGACGAUCGCCUCCUGGAUAUGGCAGACGUACUUUGAAUCAAACCCGUUUAACCGUCAGUCUGGCGAAAAGUACCGGGCUGAGAUACUAGCCCACGGAGGAGCCGUGCCCAGUCGAAAGCUGGUGGCCAACUUCUUGCAGCGAGAAAUGACUCCAAGCGUGCUGGCUGACAGCCUUAUAACUGAGAUCGAUACUGACGAGUCCAAGAUCAAGGAUCUGAUGGUCAGCAGAAUCUAACUCCAUCCGCUCUACACAACAUUUAAUUUGUAUUUAUGCACAUACAUACAUACUAUGUGUGUAUGUUCAUUCUUCGUUCAUUAUACUUAAAUUACUUUAA